AACACGACGAGAGAUCCAAAGUCUGGCCACACAUUAAGACAGGGAUAUUUUGACUCGACAUUUUCCAGUCGUGAGUGUGUAGUACACAAUUGCGUGUUAUCCGCCAGGAAAAUAGUUUGCCGGGAUCAUAUCGUCACGAGAUUAAAUAAGUGAGCCACUUAAAUUCCGCGCGUCCUUUACCUUGAGGAGGAUAUAGGGAAAUUACUUUUUCCCUAUUCAGAUAGGAAACCUUUUUAAUAAUUUGUUGUUUUGUAAAACAAACAUUUUCUCGUUUCGUUUGGGAAAAAUUCCACAGACGCGGUGCCGUUUGUUUAAGAUAUUGUCAAAUAUUCAAUGUGUGACAGGCAGCACACUUAGGCUAAAAAACAGAAAAAACUAAGUGGUUGACGAGAUAUACGUUGCAGCAAUAGGUCACGUUCCUUUAGAGAUACAACAAUAAUAUCAGUUUUAUCGCCAAACGAAAUGUCAGUCGACGUUUUACUUGACCUGGUACUUAGAGUUGUUUGCUUUCACGAGCUGAACGCAUCACAGUUUUCGAAAAUCUAUAAAAGAAAAUCGAAUAAUCCUCUCCUUUCUCAUUUCACAUCUCGGUGAGCAAACGAAAUUUGGGGUCGAAAAAACAACAAAAUGAAGUGCCCGUCGACAUUGGCAACUGUUGCAACUCUAUUUCUCUUCCAGGUGUGCCUAGGGCAGUUGGCGUCAGCAGGCUUGCUGCAUGACCGCCUCCUAGCAAAAGAGGAUUUCGUGUGCCCUUCAGACGGUUUUUAUGCAGUUCCCGGAACCUGCUCCGGCAAUUACUACUCGUGUGUUAAUGGAUUUCCCUAUGAGAUGACAUGUCCCGGCAGUGCAGUUUUCGAUCCAGCGUUGGGCGCUUGUGUCCCACCGUCCGAUGCAUCAUGCAAAUCAUUCCAGUGCCCUGCUCAAGGUGGAUUUUACGCCAUUCCCGAAACCUGCGGUAGUAGCUACUACUCUUGCGUCAACGGAGUUGCCUAUGUGAUGAACUGUCCUGGGUCUUCCAUUUUUGAUCCUGCGGUGGGCGUUUGCGUCCCAAAAGAAGUUGCGUCAUGUUUUGAUGUAACAACUGUACCGCCUACCCCUACGCCUACCCCUAACCCAACCCCUACGCCUGUAUCGACGACGACUACUACUCAAUCCCCCGGCACAUUUAUCUGUCCCAGUGAAUUCGGAUUCUUCCCCACUGGUAUCCCAUGCGACGAUGAUUUCUGGAGAUGCUCCAACGGUCUAUCUUAUCUCAUGAGCUGUCCACCAACUACCAUUUGGUAUCAAGACAAGACAGUCUGUGACUACCCGUACAACGUUCCGGGCUGCGCUUAACCAAAAUUGGCACUGGUCGUCGCCAUCAUAUAAGCCCCUAAAGAUUCAAUUAUAAAAGAUUCCAGUACGAAAAUAAUUCCCAAAAAUUCAAACGCCGAUCAAUAAAGAUUUGACAUUAUAAACAUAGUAUGCAGAACAAAAAGAGGAUUUUUAAAAAGAAAACAUUUAUUAUUAGAUUUGGUGCGAAGCUUUUAUAAAAUUCUGAAUACAUGUGAGUCGCUCUUCAAGAGACGCCGAAA